AUGGACCCAUUUCCUCCUACUGCAAAGACCUUCUUACUCAUUGUCAAGGAGCAAGCAGCUGAGGCAUCUGCUCCAGGUUGGAGAAGUGAGUGUGGACAGGUCUUCAGCAGACAGGUAUGGGAAUUAUUGCCCAAGAGCUUUCUGAACAGAUGUCCAAGUCGAGAAUGUUAUAAACUGAUGGAAUUUCAGUGUGGAAGCUACCACCACAAAUUCCAUGAUUUCUCCCUCCAAAUGUACAGGUGUGACUGUGUACGAAACAAAAUGUGGGCUGCAACCUUUGGAAUGAUUUCUGCUGCCUUGGCAGUGGUGAACGGCUUUGGCCUGAGGUUGUACAUUGGGGUGCCAUUGGUGAUCAUAGUUGCAAAUUCACCAUUUCUUAUUCUAGGUGUUGGGGUUGAUGAUAUGUUUAUAAUGAUUUCUGCCUGGUAGAAGACCAGCCUCAUGGAUAAUAUCAAACAGCGGCUGUCCAGUGUCUAUUCCAAAGUGGCAGUGUCCAUUACAAUCACCACUAUCGCCAAUGUCCUGGCCUUCUAUACAGGGAUGAUGACCUCUUUCAGGUCUGUACAAUACUUUUGCAUUUAUACCGGAACAACCCUGUUCUUUUGUUAUUUUUAUAACAUCACCUGUUUUGGAGCGUUUAUGGCCCUGGAUGGUAAAAGAGAAGUAGUCUGUCUACGCUGGUUGAAAAAGCCAGAAACUCCUGACCAAAAGUGUUCCUCAUUUAAAAAGUCCUGCUGUGUCCCAUGUGAUUCUCUCCCAGAUGAACAAGAAACUGAUGUCCAUCCAAUGAAUUUGUUCUUCAGAGACUAUUUUGGCCCUUUUCUCACAAGCACUGAGUCCAAGUUUUUUGUAGUGCUUCUAUACAUUUUGUACAUCAUUAGUAGUAUACAUGGGUGUUUCCAAGUGCAGGAAGCAUUAGACCUUCGAAAUUUGGCAAGUGACGAUUCCUACAUCACACCAUUUUUUAAUGUAGAAGAACAUUUUUCAGAUUAUGGCCCCAGGGUUAUGGUUAUUGUUACUGAAACUCUUGACUGGGAUAAAGAUGCUAGGCAAAAACUGGGAAAAUGUCUGGUAGAUUUGGAAAACAGGGACUAUGUAGAAAAAAAUGUUACAGAGUUUUGGUUACAAGAGUAUGUGCAAUAUAUGGAAAAUAGCGGGCAAGAUGUAAAUGAUAAGAAUACUUUUAUAAACAGUUUGCCCAGUUUUUUAACAAAUUUUCCACUUUUUAUGUACGUUAAUAUUUCAUCUUCACAUGAAAUCAUUGCUUCCUGGGGCUUCAUUCAGACCAUCGGCGUUUCUUCUUCAACCAAUAAGAAGAUGAUGUUAUUCCAGUUACAAAGCAUAGCCAAAAAGUGUGAAAUUCCCCUAAUGGUGUACAACCCGGCAUUCAUAUAUUUUGAUCAGUACACUGCAAUAUUAGAAAACACUGUUCAAAAUGUCGUUGUUGCAUCCUCAACAGAACAUAGGUUCAUUGUUUCCUUAUUGCUAAUUCCUCACCCACUGUGUUCCUUGUGGGUAACUUUUGCUAUUGCUUCUGUGAUUGUGGGAGUAACAGGGUUCAUGGCAUUCUGGAAUGUCAAUCUUGAUUCCAUAUCCAUGAUUAAUCUUGUCAUUUGUAUAGGGUUUUCUGUCGAUUUUUCUGCACACAUUUCUUACACAUUUGUUUCCAGUUCUAAGCCCUCAGUAAACCAAAAAAUAAUUGAGGCAUUGUAUCUGCUAGGCUACCCAGUGUUACAAAGUGCAGUUUCAACGGUAAUAGGGGUGUGUGUUUUAUCUGCAGCUAAAGCAUACAUCUUCAGGACAUUUUUUAAGAUUAUGUUUCUUGUUAUGGUAUUUGGGGCUGCUCGUGGCCUAAUUUUUAUUCCAGUAUUCUUAACCUUUUUUUGAAGGUUUGUUUGAAUAUCCACUAACAAAUCAAAGACCAAUUAUAGAAUUCCUGCUUGCCACAAUCCAAUCUGGUAAAAACACACUAUUUGAAAUAGUCAAUAAACUAAAAACAAAGGCAUGUUUCCUUGGCUUGGAAAUCCCAUUUAAAAAUGUUAUUUAAUGGGGCGCCUGGGUGGCGCAGUCGGUUAAGCGUCCGACUU